UUCCCUCCCCAAAGUGUAGAGCUCGAGCGCGGGGGAGCGCGGCGGCGCCUCCGCCACCAAACUCCUGGGGCUCCGCGGUGUUCGGAGCCACCUCCUCCCUAACCCGGAGGGGCUCUCUCACCAAGCUGCAGCCUCACUUUCCCCUGUUUUUCUUUUUCUUUAAAACAUACCCCCACCCCUCUUCUGCUCACAGCAGCUGGUCCUUCCCCGGCUCCACUCUCCGGAGCUGCCCACCCCUCCGGCUGCCGGCCGAGGACGCGCGCUCUGCCUUGGGCGAAGCAAAGCAGAAAAACUUGUCGGAGGGGUUUCUCCAGCCUCCACUAACCUCCUUCUCUCGGGAACACCAACAGCCCGCCGGGGCCAGUCCUAAGUCUGGGAAAGUUCCUCCGGUGCUCAGCGCCCUCUUGGAUCUGGAAAGGCACCGGCGCAGCCAGUGGAAUUAGAUCUGUUUUGAACCCAGUGGAGCGCGUCGCGGGCGCUGGGAAGUCACGGUCUGUGGGCGCCCGGGUGGCGUUGCCUGCGAGGACCCGGGAGUUUGCGGGCCCGACUGCAAGUGACCUUUCCUCCCGGCACUUGGUUGAUUCUGUCUCUGCUGGGGGCUGCGAGAGUGACAAGUUGCCGUAAGAGCUCCUGAAGUUGGGAGAGGGCUGGGCUGUCUCUCCUUCCCUACCCGGAGUGAAAUCCUAUCGAACUGUCAGAGGCCUCCGGAUCUCACCCAAGAAUCACCCGCAGAGCUCGGCCGUGUCGCUCCAUCCCCAGGGAUAACCCCGGAGCCCCGGGCCUCAAGAAAAAUUCGCUGGGCAAGGGAGGGAGGUCGAGGCAGCGGCAUGGCGAGGUUCCGGAGGGCAGACCUGGCCGCUGCAGGAGUUAUGUUACUUUGUCACUUUUUAACAGACCGCUUCCAGUUCGCCCAUGGUGAGCCAGGACACCAUACCAAUGAUUGGAAGUAUGAAGUUGCAAACAUCUUUCCUCGGAGUGAAGAGGGGGUAGAAGUGGACUCUCAAGCAUACAGCCACAGGUGGAAAAGAAACAUGGACCCUUUUAAGGCAGUAGACACAAACCGAGCCAGCAUGGGCCAAGACUCUCCAGAGUCCAGAGGCUUCACUGAUCUGCUGCUGGAUGACGGACAGGACAACACCACCCAGAUCGAGGAGGACACGGAUCACAAUUACUACAUUUCCCGGAUAUAUGGCCCAGCAGAUUCUGCCAGCCGGGAUCUGUGGGUGAACAUAGACCAAAUGGAAAAAGACAAAGUGAAGAUUCAUGGGAUACUUUCCAACACUCAUCGGCAAGCCGCGAGAGUGAAUCUGUCCUUCGAUUUUCCAUUUUAUGGUCAUUUUCUAAAUGAAGUCACUGUGGCAACUGGGGGUUUCAUAUACACUGGAGAAGUUGUACAUCGAAUGCUAACAGCUACACAGUAUAUAGCCCCUUUAAUGGCAAAUUUUGAUCCCAGUGUAUCCAGAAAUUCAACCGUCAGAUACUUUGAUAAUGGCACAGCCCUUGUUGUCCAGUGGGACCAUGUCCACCUGCAGGAUAAUUACAACCUGGGAAGCUUCACAUUCCAGGCCACACUCCUCAUGGAUGGGCGUAUCAUCUUUGGAUACAAAGAAAUCCCUGUCUUGGUCACACAAAUAAGCUCCAUCAACCACCCAGUGAAAGUCGGAUUGUCUGAUGCAUUUGUCGUAGUCCACAGGAUCCAGCAAAUACCCAAUGUUCGAAGAAGAACAAUUUAUGAAUAUCACCGAGUAGAACUACAAAUGUCUAAAAUUACCAACAUUUCAGCUGUGGAGAUGACCCCACUCCCCACAUGUCUCCAGUUCAAUGGUUGCGGUCCUUGUGUGUCCUCACAGAUUGGCUUCAACUGCAGUUGGUGUAGCAAACUUCAAAGAUGCUCCAGUGGAUUUGAUCGCCAUCGGCAGGACUGGGUGGAUAGUGGAUGCCCAGAAGAGGUACAGUCAAAAGAGAAGAUUUGUGAGAACACAGAGCCAGGGGAGAUUCCUCAAACUACCACAACCUCGCAUACGACCACCAUGCAGUUCAGGGUCCUGACCACCACCAGGAGAGCUGUUACAUCGCAGAUACCUACCAGCCUGCCUACAGAAGAUGACACGAAGAUAGCACUGCAUCUCAAAGACAGCGGAGCCUCCACAGAUGACAGUGCAGCUGAGAAGAAAGGAGGAACCCUCCAUGCAGGCCUCAUCGUUGGAAUCCUCAUCUUGAUCCUCAUUAUAGCGGCGGCCGUUCUGGUGACAGUUUAUAUGUAUCACCAUCCAACAUCAGCAGCCAGCAUCUUCUUCAUUGAGAGACGCCCAAGCAGAUGGCCAGCAAUGAAAUUUCGAAGAGGAUCAGGACAUCCUGCCUAUGCGGAAGUUGAACCAGUUGGAGAGAAAGAAGGUUUUAUUGUAUCAGAGCAGUGCUAAAAUUUUAGGACAGAGCAGCACCGGUACUGGCUUACAGGUGUUAAGACUAAAACUUUGCUUAUGCAUUUAAGACAAACAGACACACACCCACAACCACACACACAAAGGAGCCCUAAACUGCUGUAGACAGAAGGGCGACGAGAUUUCUGGACAAGCCCAGCCCAGGAAUAUUGAAAGAAAAACUCAGAUUUGUACAGGACACCAUGUACACUGAAUAAAGGAUUCCCUAGCGGGAUGACACCCAUGGUUCACAAGGAACAUCUCCUGUGGACUUGCCAGGAGUGUGACGAGAUGACGAUGCUUUGGUUUAGGUGCAGGGUUGCAAAGGGAUCAAGGAAAAAUUAUGAUAAUAAAUAAAGCUUUAGUUCACAAGGGAUCUACACCUUUGGUUCAAAUGUUCUUCUCUGACGUCUCAAAGAUAAUCAUGUUCCAAAGCCUGAACACUUUCACUGGAAAGAGCAAUAGUGAAUGUUUCAAGAUUGCAGGGAACAAUAGCUCACACAAGAGCAAAGCCAAACACAAAUGGAAGUUUUUCUGUCUUUUCCAAACAGACUAUCGGCAAAAGGAUUUUAUGUUUUGCUGUAGAUGCUGUUCUUCAGACAAGUUCAUUACUUUGCAGGAUGAAUCUUUCAUCUGCUCAGAAGUUCAAACUAUGCCUGCCUCUUCCUUGGUAAUGAAUAACCUUUCUGUGAGCUGUGACACAAUUUCUAAACGUUUAGCUAAGGACCAGAGAGGAGGGAGUAGCCAGUGAGGUUUUCCAUUCUCUUACUGAAGAAUAAAAUGAGAUCUGCUUUCUAAGGUGCUGCUUCCUCUCCCACCUGGAGUCCUUUGAAACCUCAUUUGCUCUUGGCUAAUGAAAACAGACAGAAAUAAGAGGAAGAUUCGUGAGAUCAUUUUUUUGAGACAAAUACCUUAAGAAUUUUUUUUUAAGUUCACCAUGUCUGUAUGAAAAAUCUAUUUCAUUGUGAAUCCCUAAGAAGCCAUUUAAGUCAUCAUAUCUCUGGUGAUAGGAAAAAAAAGAAUGAAAUAACCCUGCUGAAUCACACAGUAAUUUUCUUUAAAGCACAUAGUAGUUACAUAAAUAUAUAUAUAAAUAUAUUUUGUUUAUAACUAACACAAGGCAGGCUCUUGUGGCUCUAAAGAGUGUAUUUUGUCAUCAAGACAAAACAAAUGCAAGAUGCAUCACUGGUUCCUUCCAUAACAUUGUAAGAUAAUCCUCAAUAUUUUUAUGUUAUGUCCAGAAGUGGUCCACUUAGCUGCAGCAUGUAUCAUUUUGCUUCCUCUUGCAUCCUCUCCUAUACCAACCUCUCCCUCCUUGAUUCAAAGAAGCAGUUGUAAAUGUCCCUCCAGUGGAGUUUUCAUUUGUACUCUGGUUGCAAUCCAAAUUUGGGGGGGGGGCGGAAAUUCCCAUAAGUAAAGAAAGAAAAGGUACCAGUCAAGGAAGAAAGAGGUUAAUGUAAACCACAUUCAUAAACAUGAGUUCAGGUACUGUGGCAUACAAUUCUACAAAUGGCUUGCCCUGUAAAACUUUCACAUUAUGUGCCAAGGUAAGUCCUGGUUCUUAUAAGGUACAGCAUUCAGCAUUUGCAGAUUCAGGAUUCACAAAGCAAAUAUCCUUACCAGUAACACCUCACUGACAGUUUACAAUCUGGGUACAAUGUCUACACUGGACAGCUGACUGUCACGUUAUCAUCUGCCAUAAGCAAGGUUUCUUUCCUGUCACAUGUAUUUUGCUUUAUACUUUAUACUUGCAAAGACAUCAAGUAUGUGACAAUGGUAACUUUUCCCUAACCUUAGUUUAAAAUGUCAGAAAAGAAAGACAAGAGGAACAACAUGGUUGCUGGAUGUAAUGACAAUCUGUGCCCCCAGCUAUGCUCACGGUAUAUGCCACAUCUCAGCUUAUUCUUGCAGGUACAGUUUUGGUGAGAAAGCAAUAACCAAAUGACUUGCCAAUGUAAUUGGUGCAAUUGGUAUUCUACAGAUAUAUAUGGUACACAUAGACAACUUUCUUUUAGCGCAAGAUAAGGAUGCUUUCAUGCACUUUGGCAAUAAUUAUGGCUUCCAAUUGUAAUGGAUUGGCAGCUGCCUAGAUAUCUUUGCAUAUAUUUUCACUCCUUACAUAAUUCCUUCCUAAGCAGUAAUGUUAAGCUUAUAUCCUUCAAAGCCCAUUUUCCAGUUUAGAUUUAAAAUAAUUGAGAGUUCUUUUAAAUGAAUGCACAAGACCCUCUAAAUUAUUCAGUAUACCAAAACAUCAAGUAACCGGGAAAAAAUGGAAGCAAAAAGGAUGUUAAGUUAUGUGGAAAUGUUCAAAAAUAAUUGAGAGAGAAUAAGACAUUCUGCUUUGCCUGAGACCACAAGGAAUAAAAGGAAAUAUUGGGAGAAUCCCUUCCUGUUUUGAAAUUCUAGUCCUGUUUGUGGUUCUGGUUUGUUCUUGAUUCCUGUCUUAUUCAGAGGAAGGGCAUAGAGGAUUUCUAAAAACUUCAAAAAGGAGACCAGUGCCAUGGACUUCAACUGAAUUAUGCAUUACAAAGGGUAGACACAAGCACCUUAGUCAUCAUUCUGAGAGAAUGAAGAAAGAUUGGCAAUGGUGUUUUUAUGAGAAAAAUGACAAUGGAAUACAUACAACCUUAGAGGAAAUCUGAAAAUGGUAUUACAAAGGAACUUACAUAUGUCACCUUAAUUAUUUGUAAGAGGAAUAAUCAGUGAUCAGAGUUACCAAUCAACCAACAAGAUUUUACAGGCCACUUAUUGACAUGUUUGUGAAUGGUUGAGACCUUAUGGGACAACAACAAAUAGAGAAUGGUUAAAGGUAAAGGACAACUGAGCACAAACAUUUUUAUGGUAAUGUUUUUAGGGUAUUUAGUAGACUCUCAUAUAUAUGAUCUACAAAAGUGCUCUCUCCUACUAUUUCUACUGGCCAGUUGUUGGUAGUGAUCUUUAAAUUAAAUAAAUAUACAUUCAGUUGUCUGGUCACAUUUUGAAUGACCCAUAGCCACACAUGGCUCAUGGCUACCAUUGUAGGUUACACACAAUACUUCUAUCAUUGCAGAAAGUUUUACUGUAACAUACUAUAAUGUUUCAGUUGAACAAUUUGCUUUUGAAGGAAAGGAAGGAAGGAAGGAAGGAAGGAAGGAAGGAAGGAAGGAAGGAAGGAAGGAAGGAAGGAAGGGUAUUUGAUAGCUCUUAGGUACAUUCAAAUAAUUAUUUUCUUGUAAUCUAAGAGAUGCCUCACAAAGAAAUGAUGAGAAUACCAGUUGCCAUGACUUUGUAUUUUCAUAGUGUUUCCUUGGAAAAACCACUUCAACUUCCAUGAGUCUCAAUUUUCACACUGGAAAACAAAUUAAAAAUAUUUUCCUGUCUAUUUUUGCAAUAUUAUUUUACGGACCAAUUAAUACAAAUGUAAAGACUUUUGAAACUUUACAGCAAAGUGAUCUAUAAAGCACAUCUGUAGGGCAAGCACCAAACUACACACAAGGGAAAAAUAUUCCAUCAAUCAAAAAGGCAACUGAUGACAAUAAAGGCAAUAUAUUCUUGAGAAAGUGUCAAAGCACAUAGCAAAAGUGCUUGAGUUUCUUUUUGUCCGUGUUUUUCUUUCCUGCCUCUUCCUCUCAUUUGCCAAAUCACCUGUGUCUCCUGCAUUUGCCUGGAGCCUUUCUUAUGUGAAGUCAGUUUGUACCUCUUGUUUGUUCUGCUCAGGACUCCCAGCAUCUUAGCAGAGGCUCUUUUGAAAGCAAAAUAAAUGACACUGCAAACAUUAGUUAUCUCUUAUUUAUGUUAUUUUUAUUUUAAAAAGUAAGGAGCUAUGACAUAAUACUAUAUAAGUAUGGGGGAAACUUGCUUCUGAUGUAAAUUCUACAAAUGCCAGACUUUAUAAAAAAUAAAAUAAAAAUUAAAGUAUGCUCAUGUCCAGACAAUACAUAGUGUGGGAAGGCAUCUUAUACAACCUGUUCCUUUUACUGAUGUGAAAACCAGGGCUUAGAUAGAUACAAUAAUUUCUCUGAUAUCAAAAGUGAGUUUUGAACUUAAACCUCUCAAUUUUUUUUCUUGUUUUGAUUGCUAUGGCUUACAUUCUGCUGUAAGUAAUUAACACAACCAAGCAUCCGGAAGUCAUAAUCCAUGAAAAGAUUAAUUUUACUGCUCUAAGGAUGAGCUCUAUAUACUAUACUAUGAAGCAUUGAAACAGUAGUCCUGUAUGCUGUUACUGUCGUAAGAAUCUUGUUGUUCUAUUUCAAAUUCCAUCUCUAGUAGGGUCUUUAUGUGUUUCCUUUCCCACCUCCUCAGCUCUGGUCACCAGGUUAGCAGUGCUAUUUAUCUUUGUCAUUUAAAUGUUUUUCUGCCUUUGUUUCAUUUCUACUCAAUUGUAUUUGAAAACUAAUACUGUUUAUUGAAGUUUUCUGCCACAUAGAUAAUCACAGUUUUUACUUGUUCAUGGAAAUAAUUCGGGAACUUGUGUUCCAAGAAGGUCUCUAUUGGAAAAGAUUGUGAGAUCAGGGGUGUUACCUAUGAUAUACUCAUAUCAUUGUGUUUUUAUAAAGCACUUUACAUUUUACAGAG